UUUCCGGUUGCGUGGCGGUUGGCCCGUGGCUGCUGCUGUUUCCCGAAGCGGCAGAGUUUUCGGUUUGUUUGUGGUCGGAGCCGGGUCCGGGUCCGGGCCAGAGCCAGAGCCAGAGCCAGAGCCAGAGCCAGCAUCUUUUUCAAAGCACGAGGAAUGGAUUUCUCGAAAUUUCUGGAUGACAAUUUUGACGUGAAGGACUGGGUGAAUGGGGCUUUCAAGACUGUUCAGGAGGAAGAACCCGGAAAGGUUGACAGUCAUGCUGCCACGCUGGUGAUGAAGCUGCAGUUGUUUAUUCAGGAGGUGAACAAUGCCAUUGAAGAAACUAGUCACCAGGCACUACAAAAUAUGCCUAGGGCUCUCCGCGAUGUGGAAGCUCUGAAACAAGAAGCUUCCUUUUUGAAGGAGCAAAUGAUCCUUGUCAAAGAAGAUAUUCGGAAAUUUGAACAGGACACAGCACAGUCCAUGCAGGUAUUGGUCGAGCUUGAUGAAGUGAAGUCCAGAAUGCAAGCGGCGUCUGAGGCAUUGCAGGAGGCUGACAAGUGGAGUACACUCAGUGCUGACAUUGAAGAAACACUGAAAUCACAGGACAUUGAGACUAUCUCAGCCAAACUCACAAGUAUGCAGAACAGUUUGGCUAUGCUGGUCGAUACGCCAGAUUAUUCAGAGAAAUGCGUUCACCUCGAGGCGCUAAAGAAUCGAUUGGAAGCCAUGGCAAGCACACAGAUUGUGGCUGCAUUCAAUUCUCAGUCUAUUGAUCAGGCCCGGCUUUUUGUGAAAGUAUUUGUGGCAGUGGACCGAAUGCCCCAGCUCCUGACAUACUACUACAAGUGUCACAAGAGUCAGUUGGUCUCUGUGUGGCAGGAGCUGUGUCAAAGUGACCUCAGUUUGAAUCACCAACUAACAGAAUUCUACGAUACUCUUUUGGCAACAUGGCACUCACAGCUACAGUGGACUAGUCAGGUCUUCAGGAACCCCUGUGAGAUUGUUACCGUGCUGCAGAUCCAGACCCUGGGAGCUAUUGUUCCGUCAAUCCCUGUCUGCCUCAGCACAGCAAUGGAGAGAGCGAGCCAGGAGGACAAGCUUAGCAUGCUGCUGGAUCUCCAUGACAGUACUAUUCACUUUGCUAAGGGCCUGGAGGCAGCUAUGCUCCCACACCUAGGUGAGACCAAUUUGGUGAAAGUUACAGAACUGGUUGCAGCAAUCCACAGCCCAUACCUGCCUUAUCAACUGCAGUACGGUGACCUGGAGGGGUCAAACUUGCUCAUUCAGAUCAGUGCCAUUUCACUGGAGUGUGGAGAGCUGAUUGAUUGUGUUCAGGAGCUUAAUCAGUCAGUGAAUAAACUCUUCAGCCUGGCCAGUGGAGCAGUGGACAGAUGUGUGAAAUUGACUGAUGGACUUGCAGCGUGCGGCCUACUCAAAGCACUGAAGACUCUCUUCUCGAAAUACGUAUCCAACUUUGCCAGCACUUUGCAGUCCAUACGUAAGAAAUGCAAGCUAGAGGAAAUUUCCAAUGGAUCUUUGUUCCAGGAAGACUGGUCUGCAUUCCAAACUUCUAUCAGAAUUAUUGCAACUUGUGGUGAAUUAUUGCGGCAGUGUGGAGACUAUGAGCAGCAGUUGGCCAACAGGAUAUUAUCCACUGCAGGGAAGUAUUUAUCUGAGUCAUACAGUCCACACAGUCUGACAGGUAUACAAGAAACAAGCUUCUCUGACAAGAAAACUUCCAUCAAGAAUCCAUGGCAAGAAUAUAAUUAUUUACUGAAAGCAAAUCCAAGUGAAUAUGCCAGUCUGAUGGAAAUGCUUUAUAUGCUGAAAGAAAAGGGAACGGGGAACAAUAACUUGUUGUCAGAAGCUCGUGCAGCACUGACCCGGCUCAACCAGCAAGCACAUCAGCUCGCUUUUGACUCUGUGUUCCUCCGGAUCAAGCAGCAGCUUGCCCAGGUGCCUCGGAUGGAGACUUGGAACACAGGAACUAUGGGAGAGACGUUAACUGAAGAUCUCCCAACAUUUAGCCUUGCUCCUCUUGAAUACAUCAGCAAUAUUGGCCAGUACAUCAUGUCCUUGCCUCUGCAUCUGGAGCCCUUUGUAGCACAGGAGGAUCCAGCACUGGAGUUGGCACUGCAUUCUGGGAAACUUCCAUACCCUCCAGAGCAAGGGGAUGAGCUGCCAGAGUUGGACAACAUGGCUGAUUAUUGGCUGGGCUCCAUUGCCAGGGCAACAAUGCAUACUUACUAUGAAUCCAUUCUCCAGAUCCCAGAGCUCACACCGCAUGCAACCAAACAACUUGCCACAGAUAUUGAUUACCUCAGCAAUGUCAUGGAUGCUCUUGGCUUACAGCCAUCCCGCACUCUGCAACAGACUGUGACUGCCCUGAAAGUAAAGCCUGAAGACUUUAGGCAAGCAGUGAAGGGUCUCCCCCGGAGACUGACCAGUGCAAUUGCAACCAUGAGGAAUAUCCAUUAAAGAUCACGUGUCCUGUUUGCAAAACAAAUUCUGUUUCUGGUGGUUGAAGGCUGCCUUGAUUCUGACUGGCUCUUGAACCAGUUGAUGAGUGUGUUCCAACUGCCUGCUAAGAGCAAUGACUUCAAACUUAGGCAUUUUUUAGAAUGGUUUAAGUGAGGAUCUGCUGUUGGUUUUAGGCCCAGAGUAUACUUACAGUAGAUAAACAGGUUGGUGAUUUGAAUGCUGCAAGAGACUCAGUAACCCUGCUGUGGGGAGUGAGCAAUUAACUGAGCACUUUCUCAGAGUCCUCUUCCCCACAACCCAUAGCUGUCUCCCCAGUCCUGGGAGAAUGGGAUCAGGACCGAUUUGAUGGUCUGAUGAUACUCUCUUUUAAGUCCUCUCAAUUAAAAAUAAUCUGUUAAAAAUACCGAGUUAAAGCCUCCUGGAACAGAUGCAGGAAAACCAGCAAGAGAGAAAAUACCUGAAUGUAUGUUCUGGAGAGGAGGGUGUUUUGAUAGUUGAGUAUAGCAUCGUGUUAAGAUGCAGCCUUAAACAGGAGUGCUUGCCUCCUCCCAGUCUGAGUCACCUUACCCAUUAAGAAUUGCCUCAGAGCAAAGAUAAACAAAGAAAUUAGAGGUUCAUGUCACAGUCCACUGCCUUCCCAUCUAGGCUGGUUAAUCAGCUGUUUUCACCAGGCAGUAGAGGAUCGCAAAUACUUGCAGCCCAUAAAAACGUCAAUCAUGAAUUUUGACAAAUACUUGAACAUUCUAUGUAACUCAUCACAUAAUCAUACAGGUGUGUCUUUGUAGGUCCUUUGAGACCAGUAAUGCCUGCACUGGAUGACACUGCGAGGAGAUGAAUGGUUAGGAACUGGAAAUGGAGUUUUAUGUGUGUUAGUGUUUUUUCUAUUGAAGCAAAUGGUUUAGAUCUGCUGAAUUGAAACAUAUGCAAUCUGUGGGAUGUUAUUGUCACCCAGAACUGGAUAUGAUCAAACAGGGGAUCCUGUCCUGUUCCUCCUCAUGUGAAUUCAUUGUCUUUACUCAGACAGAGGUGGGACUGAAGAUGGAAAGACAUUCCAAAUUACUUUAACAUCAGUGGAUUAGUUGUUAACUGUGGCUCAAUCAGAGCAUUCUUAGCUCAGCCUCAGAGCAGAAGGCACUGUGAUUGAAUUCCUUUGGUCUAGGCUGGCACUCCCACUGAAGGAACACAGCAUUGUCAGAAGUGGCCACCUUUAGGAUAAGAAAUUAAACCAUGUUUGCUUACUUUGGUGUAUGUAAAGGAUCCCAUUGAGCUAUUUGAACACUGAAGGACAGGACAAUUAAUUCACAUUACUCUGUUUAAUAUCUGUCUGUCAACUAAUAGCACUUUGACACAAAAAAACACGUUAUCUGUUCAUUAUCAUAUUGCUGCUGGUGGAUGCUUGUUGAAGUACAUAGUACAUUGACUUCCUACAUUACAGUACACUCAAAAUACUAAUUGUUCUAAAUGCUUGGGAGUGUGCUGAAACCAGUGCAGAUGCUAUAUAAAUGCAAAUCAGUUCUCCCAUAAUGUGGGUGAUUGUCUGUUUGAGUUGUCGAUUCUAUCAUCACUGCCUCUGGGUAUUCUUGUAUCUUGUUGUUCAUCUUCUUUCUCCAAUCAACUAACCUUAACACUUCUUUCUUAAGCCUGGUAUUUAUGAUAUUUCCCUCUCUCAGUUCAGUCUCAGCAUCUCUAUUGUUAAUUUUAAAUAUUUUUGUUUCUUGUAAAGUACCUGUCUCCCCUCCUACUUCAGAAUGUUUGUGCUACUGUCUGAGUUUUUAAAAAUUGA